UCAAACUCACAUUUUUAUGUUUUGUUUUCAAAAGUGAGGUUAAAUUAAAAAUCUGUCCAUUUGCGAUAAAACCUCGAUAAACUAAUAUUUCAUAAUGUCUAGAAAAAUUGAAAAUUUAAAUUGGCAGUCAGUAGCAUUAGAAGGUCUCCCAAUAACUACUGAUAAGUUUCAAGGGUUUGUAGGUCUUGAGGAAUGUACAAAUUAUGGACUAGACAAAAAUAAAAAAUUAAAGAAGAGAACUAAAGGGGAAAAGCGUAAACUAGAAGAUGUAACCAAUACCGGUGAUUCUAUACCAAGUGUAAAAACAAAAAAACUUAAACUAGCGAACGGUUUUGUGGUGGAAUCAUGCCAAUCUGUUAAACCAUCCCUCAGUAAUGAAAAUAGAAAAAAACCAAACAAAAAGGAUAAGAAGAGUUUAUCUAAAGGUUCAAGUGUCACCAAUAUCAAUGAUAUUAAAAGAAAUGAAAAUCAGCCUAAGGCCAACAAUGGUAAAACAAAUAAAAAUCAGACAAAUAAGAAAGGCAAAGAUACCAAAGUAGUCAAUGGUAGCAGCCCAAAUAAAGUUAAAGCAAAAAAAUUGAAAUUAGGUGAAAAUGCAUUGGAAGACACUUCAAAACUUACUCCAGAAGAUAUGCUUUCUUGGGCCGAGUUUAAGUUGCCAGAUGAAAUAAUGAGAGCAUUGACGGAGCUGGGAUUCACCAAACCUACUAAAAUUCAACAACUUUCUCUACCUGCUGCUAUACAUGGUCGAAGGGAUAUACUUGGUGCAGCAGAAACAGGCAGUGGUAAAACUCUUGCUUUUGGUCUUCCAAUCUUAACUGGGAUUAUGAAAUUAAAGGAGAAGGCAUUGGCCAAAGGCUUAGAUGUCUAUGAAAUACCAUAUAAGAAGUCAUCAGCCAAAAAGGUAGAAGUAAAACCUGUAGAAAUAAAAAAGGGUAAAAAAGCAAGGAACAAAAAGCCUAAAAAGGUAUUGAAAGAGCCAUCUGAAGAUGGCUACAGUAGUGGAGAUAGUAAUGAGAAUGAAGGAGAGGAAAAUGGUGUAGGUUUAAAUGAAGGUAGUAAAGAAAAGUUUCUAGAAGAAUAUGAUGUACCUUUGAGAAAGAAAAAGGACUCAGAAGAUGAAGGGAAUGAUAGUGAUGAUGAAAAUUACACUCAUUUGUCAGAUAUGUUGAAUUCAGAUGAUGAAGAUGAUUCUGAAAAUGAUGAAGAUGCUGAAGGGGAUGAUGUUGCUGAAGAUGAUGAUGUUUCCGAAGAUGAUGAUGAAGAGGAUGCUGCUAAUGAUGAUGCAUCUAGUGAUGAAGAUCUGGCGAUUGAUGAUGAAUUCGAUGGCAAUGAAACAGAGGGCAUAGAUGAAGUUGAUGAUAUUGAAGAAGGUAUUGGUUGUGUGAGAGUGGAAGAUAACAUUGAGUUGCCGGGCCAUGUCAUGGUGAAGACUGGGAAACCACUCUAUGCACUCAUACUCACUCCAACCAGGGAACUUGCCAUACAGGUCAGCAGACAUCUGAUAGCUGUUGCUAAAUAUACAGGUAUUCGUGUAGCGACGAUAGUGGGUGGCAUGGCUGCGGUGAAGCAGGAGAGGGUGCUGCGCAGCGGGCCCGAGGUGGUGGUGGCGACUCCGGGCCGGCUGUGGGAGCUCCUCAACCAGGGGGAGACCCAUCUGCAGCAGCUGGCCGCUGUCAAAUUCCUGGCUAUCGACGAAACCGACCGCAUGGUGGAGCGCGGCCAUUUCGAAGAGCUGGAGCCACUGCUGGAGAGGCUCAACUAUGACGAAACGCACCGCAGCGCGCGACAGAACUUCGUCUUCUCUGCUACACUCACUAUGGUGCAUGAUUUGCCCAGCCACAUGAAGGGCAAGAAGGUUACAAAGAGGGGCAAAAUUUUAAACAGAAAAGUGGAGAAGAUGACUCCACAGCAGAAGAUUAAGAAACUGGUGAACAUGAUCGGCAUGACUGAUCCCAAAGUUGUCGACAUCACGGCACAGAACUUCGGUACGGCGGAAACGCUAACGGAGUGCAAGAUAGCGUGCUCGCUGGAGCACAAGGACGCUUACCUGUACUAUAUCCUGCAGCGCCAUCCCGGACGGACCAUCGUCUUCUGUAACUCCAUCGGCAGUGUCAGGAGGCUGGCCCAGCUUUUCGGUAUCCUGAAAUGUAACCCGCUGCCUCUACACGCCAGCAUGCCGCAGCGGCAGAGACUCAAGAAUCUCGAAAGGUUCCGUGACGACCCGCGCGGCGUGCUGGUGGCGACGGACGUGGCCGCGCGCGGUCUCGACAUACCGGACGUAGAUCACGUCGUGCACUACCAAGUGCCUAAGACCGCUGAGAACUACGUGCACCGCAGCGGGCGGACGGCGCGCGCCAACAAGGAGGGACUCACCAUACUCAUGAUGGAGCCCGCCGAAGCCUACUCCUAUUCCAAACUCUGCAGAACACUCAACAAAGCAUCAGAGAUACCCACAUUCCCGGUGCAGCUGCACAGCAUAGCGCCGCUCAAGGAGUUAGUGGCGGUCGCGCGGGAGCUGGACGCACUCAUGCUGCGCAAGCGCCGCGCGACACAGGCGCAGGGCUGGCGGGAGAAGGCCGCCAAGGAGCUGGACAUGAUCAUCGAUGAGGACGACAUUCCAACGACGAAGAUGGAUCCCGGUAUAGACAAAGCUCUGAACGCUAAGAGAAGGCAGUUGGAGUCGAUACUCUCGCGGCCUCUGUUCCCCAAGGGAUUCUCAUUUAAAUAUCCUACAUUAAAUGAUCCCUCAGCGCUUAAAGUCACUGAAGAAAAUGCGCUACAGGUUAUGAAGAGAGCGCUCGAAACAGGCGAAUUGAAGAGGGAAAAGAGAAAAAGCAAAAAUCAACCACUGUUGCAGUUAGAGAAAAUGUUAAAGAAAUAAACGUUUAUUUAUUUUAUUA